AGGGAGUGGCAGAUUUACAUAAGGCAAACAGAUAGAAAGAAUGUUGUUUUAGCUCACUAUCUUGCUAAGUCCUCCCAUAACAAGAAAGCAAGCUUUUAUAUAUUGUGCAGGAGGUGGAACUUGAUGAAGAAGAAGGAAACCUCGCGUGACGUUUACCAGUCUCGAGUCAUUCGGCGCCCAAAAAACUUGAAACUCGCGAGGCAAACCAGAGUUUUGACACUGUACCCUGUGCGGUCUUUCCCUCGGGAUGCCAUGGUACUCACAGAAGAACAGAGAAAACAAGCUGAAGCGAACCGGUUAGCGGCCAUUGAAAGACGAAAGGCAGUGUUAGAAGCUCGGGGAGAGAAAGACCCUUGGCAGCUCUUCAAGUGCCGUAAGAUUUCUUCCGAAUCCAUUGCCAAGCCCCCGCCCAUCGGUCAGCUCCCCCGGCAACCCCAUUCGGUCCCCGUCGAGCCUGUUUCUGCCGGUCCUUUACCCCGUAAAUUUUUGGUUAGGCUCGAAAUAUGCUCUCCCGACUCUUUCUCUGCAACUCCUCUUCCCCUUCGGAGUUCCCCCUAUCCCGGAGAAGAAUGGUGCUUACAGAGACUAAGUGAUCAUUUGUCCCAUGUCAUGCCUUCACACUACACCCAGAAUCAUGAUGGCAGAAACUCCUGUGUGUAUAACUUGAGGGAUUACCAUGCUGUCCUUAAAUAUCUGAAGAUUGUCAAGGACAUAGAAGUUGAAGAAAUUCCGCGGGGAACUUUGAAAGUCGUUGAAGCAUUUUCACAUUUCUCCGGUACGGAUCGCUGGAUACCCUGCAGGCCCGAGCAUUUGUCUGAUGACAAGGUUGACGAGUUAAUUGGGAAGCUACCAACGGGUCUGUUGGAUGCACUGUUGCCUUUCCAAAGGGAUGGUUUAAGAUUUGGAUUGAGAAGGGGUGGCCGCUGUCUUAUUGCAGAUGAGAUGGGCCUUGGGAAAACACUCCAGGCUAUUGCUAUUGCAGGAUGUUUCUUGAAUGAAGGUUCUAUACUUGUUGUUUGUCCAGCUGUUUUGCGUUUUACAUGGGCAGAAGAACUAGAGCGGUGGCUUCCCUUUUGUACGCCUGCUGAUAUCCAUCUAGUCUUUGGUCAUCGGGAUAAUCCUGCUUAUUUAACUAGAUGCCCUAGAAUUGUGGUUAUUUCUUAUACUAUGCUCCAUCGUUUGAGGAAGAGCAUGCUUGGGCGAGAAUGGGCUCUCUUGAUUGUUGAUGAAUCUCAUCAUGUGCGAUGCACAAGGAAGACCUCAGAACCAGGGGAGAUAAAGGCUGUUCUUGAUGUAGCUUCAAAAGUCAAUCGCAUAAUACUGCUGUCUGGGACACCCUCUUUGUCAAGGCCAUAUGACAUAUUUCAUCAGAUAAACAUGUUAUGGCCUGGACUGCUGGGCAAGGAUAAAUAUGCAUUUGCUAAAACUUAUUGUGAUUGUAAAUAUAUCAAGGGAACCCAUGGCAAAAUUUAUGCGGAUUUUUCAAAGGGCAUUCGCUUGGAAGAGUUGAAUGUGUUACUCAAGCAAACUGUUAUGAUAAGGCGCCUGAAGGAGCAUGUGUUGCUACAAUUGCCACCAAAACGGCGGCAAAUUAUAAGGCUGUUGUUGAAGAGAUCAGAUUUAGUUGCUGCAAAAACAGCAGUUGGAAAGUUGACUGGCAAUACUUCCAAAAGUGACACUGUAGACAUGACUUUGGACAGUUCUGAUGAACAUGAUGGGAUGUUGACGAGAUCAAAUGUAGUUGCCUCAGAAACUGCAGUUGGGCUGUCAAAUAUUGAUGCUUCUGAAAGUGUUGAUGAAGACGUAACUUUGGAAACUUUGGAUGAAUCUGAAGGGAAGCUUUCCUACCAGGAACUUGGAAUUGCCAAGCUUUCUGGAUUUCGUGAAUGGCUUUCACUCCAUUCUGUUGUUGCCGAGACAGAAAGUGCUUCGAAAAUGAUAAUUUUUGCUCAUCACCAUAAAGUUCUUGAUGGGUUGCAGGAGUUUGUGUGUGAGAAAGGGAUUAGUUUUGUCCGAAUUGAUGGAAGCACACUUGCCAGGGAUAGGCAGUCAGCGGUGGUGUCAUUUCGUUCAAAACCAGAGGUUAAAAUUGCAAUAAUAGGUAUUUUAGCAGCAGGAUUUGGACUUGAUUUCUCAACAGCACAAGAUGUUGUGUUCUUGGAACUUCCUCAGUGCCCGACCUUGAUGCUUCAGGCUGAGGAUAGAGCUCAUCGACGAGGGCAAACAAAUGCAGUCAAUGUAUAUAUCUUUUGUGCAAAGGAUACUUGGGAUGAGUCACAUUGGAAAAAUCUGAACAAAAGUUUGUACCGUAUUUCAUCUACAACAGAUGGUAAAUAUGAUGGGAUGAAAGAGAUACAGGUUGAAGGUGUUUCUUACCUGGACACAUUCUUCAAAACCAAUAGAAUCCAUGAAGAGCAAGCUGCACCUGGUGAAGCUUCUGAACAGGCGACCAACCUGCUGGAUAUUUCCCUGGUUUCAAAUUUGCUACCUUCCCAAGCAGAUUCUAAGGAAUCAGAGGCAAAAUUGGGUGAUCAAGCUGAUCAGCAGACUUGCUUUGCUGACAAGGUUUCCUUCCCAGAAUCAGGCGAGGCUUCUACUUUGGAUGUAGAUUUAGUUGUAGGUGUUUUUGACACCAACAAAAAAUGCUCUGGUUUUGACAUGAGUAAGCUGGAUGAAACUUAUGGAAGCAAAGGUCAGAUGAUAGAAUUUAUUCCAAAGAACAGUGGUGAAGAUGAUAAUCAAGUGGAGGAGAUCCAGAAUAAAAGAACAUCAACAAUAAAAGCAGAUGACUCCCAACCUGUCCAUCCAAUUGAAGCUGAAGAAAGUUCCUCUCCUCACAUGGAAUCUCUACGAUUUGAGGUCAGCCCAUACACUGGAAGGAUCCACUUGUAUACUUGCGUUUUGGGUGCAGAUACAAGACCAAAACCGCUUUGUAAAAAUUUCCGACCAGAGGAACUUGAGUUGCUCAGUUCGCUUUCUGACGGUGAUAAAAAGAAAAAAGAGAUAUCUAUGGGAGAUAGUCUUGCUUUUACAACUGCUCUUUUGGGAUUUUUAAAUGAAUGGAAGAAAUUAAGGCCAAUUGAGCGAAAAAAGUUACUGGGAAAGCCAUUACAACUUCCCUUGGCUGUUGAAUUGUGCUACUUAAGUGAAACUAGUAGCCACAACAAUAAGGGAUUACUAAAUGGUGGAAGCAAGCGGCGCAUGACUCCUUUAAUGGAGAUAAGCCAUCCUUUACCAUCAGAUGCUGUUUGGAGAAAGGUCUGCCUGCGGCGUGGCAAUGGCAAGAAGGAGAAAGAAUACACUCAAGGUUGGACUCAGACAGAUGAGCCACUCUGUAAACUUUGUCAAAAGACAUGCAUGGGUAACAAUGCCAUGUCACCUGAAUAUUUUGAAGAUCUCUUCUGUAACCUAGUCUGCUAUGAAGAGUAUCGCAUGAGAACAAGCAACAAAUUCCUUCGUCAGGAACUUUUUGAAGUUGAACGUGGGGUGUGCUCAAAUUGCCAUUUAGACUGUCAUAAACUAGUUGAACAUAUUAGACCUUUACCGCUAGCAAGGCGAAGAGAGUACAUUGAGAAAGUGGCACCAAAUGUGGCUAAGCGAAAGAACAUGCUUGAGAAGCUUGUCAAUGAUCCAACUGAAGGCAAUGCGUGGCAUGCUGAUCAUAUUGUCCCAGUAUAUCAAGGCGGAGGUGAAUGUCGACUGGAGAAUAUGAGGACCCUUUGCGUGGCCUGCCAUUAUGAUGUUACAACAGCACAGUGUACCGAACGACGCAAAGAGAGAGCCAAGGCCAAGAAACAGCUAAAAUUGGUGAUGGGUGAGUUAAAAGCAGGUCAAACGAAGGUCGCCACAGGUUCUGAUAUUAAGGAACAGGGUCUUCUUGAGGUACAAGAGGAUAGAAGUGAGGAUGAGCUCAUUGUCAAGGUGCCUGGAAGUGCUUAUUCAAUAGCUAAUGGCUAAGAAAGUGGAGGAGAAACAUGGAAGGCCUCUUCUAUGACAAGUACUUAGUUGAAACAGUUUUUAUGUUUGUAUCUGCCCAUUCUAUUAUUUUGGUAACUGUCAAUGUCGUUGAGGAAAUUCUUUAAAACAGCUCCUUGGGAUGUUUUUUCUUGAAGCAUGAGGAACCACAAGAUUGAGGUGGUCUGAUUGAUGUACGAGCGAGCUGUGUUCAGCAGGAGCAGCGUUGGGGUACAACUGUACAAGUCAGUUAAGUGAUCAACGUAGGUUGACCCAAUUAUUCCGCAGGUUUUAAGAUUUGAGCCCAUUGAUUGCACCAUCUCUUGCUUACUGUUUGUGGGGCAACUUUUGGCAUCAAUGAUUGGAGGAGUUUGAUACGGUUACUUUGUUGUUGACUUCUGACUCUCGGUCUGGUGUGAUGGAGGAUACGUUACUUGUUUUUGGUAUUGUAUGCGUUAUCGGAUAUAAAUUGUCUAUAUUUUCGGUAACAAAUUGUAAAAUAGAAAGUUAUUUAUUUCUAUAUUCUAAUUACUGAAACAAUUUUUGUGCAAUGCACAGAACAAAAUAUAUAAUUAUUUAAACUUUUAUUGUUA